AUGGCAAAGAAAAAGAAGGACAGUAAAGGAGGCAGUGAAGAUAAAAUGGCUUUGGCAGAAGUUUUUCUCCAUUUUCGGUUUCAGUUAAAAGAAAAAGCUAAGGAAAGGUUCAGGCAGGAAAUACAACAACUCGAAGAAGUGAAGGCACAAAACAUUGAACACAAUGAACAGUUGAAGAAGGAGCAGAAGGAACAUAUCAGAAUACUAGUCAGAAAAGCAAAGGAGCUGGAGAAAGAGCUAGAACGCAAAGAGAAAAUCAACAAUGAACAAGUAGCACAAGCUUUAAAAGAAAAAUUGGAACUAAUUAAACAAAACAAACUGCAAACACAAGAGUUGCUGAAUUCUUUAAAAGCUGUGGAGCAGAAAAUUCUGAAGGAGGAAGAAGUGAAAGCAUACUGGCUGGAAUACAAGAAUGUCGGAAGCAGUGAACAUCGCAGAAUUAUUACGGUUCAAGAAAAUGAACUUGUGGAGCUGGUGAAAACUUUUCGUGAAAUCGAAGACCACUUUCAUCGAGCCUUAGCUCGAGCAAAGGAAGAAAUUGACAGAAUAAUGAAGGAACAAAUGGAUGAGAAAAAGGCAGUGGCUGCAGAGAAUGCUGUAAGUUAUAUGGGUAAAUACACUCGACAACAAGUAAAGGAAAAUGCAUGGCUAAAGAAAGAGCUAAACCUAUAUAGUCUCGAAGUUACUAAUUUGGAACAAGCAGUACAAAAAGUUGAACAGGACAAUCUGAAAAUUUUGAGUCAACUGUUUGAUUGCCAGAUCAGUGACCUUAAUGUAUGCAGAAACCUGUUCAAAAUUCGUGCAGCUGGAUCAAAGAGCCAAGAUGGUGGGAUAUUGGAAGAAGAAUUAGCUAAAUUAACGUUCAGAGGCGAACCUUCAGAUGCCCCUGUGGCAAUCAGUGAUGCUAGCUACAAUCUACCAAAACUCAAGAGUGCAACAUUGCUUGCAUCAGAGAAGAAAGUUUCAUCAAUGCAACCGUAUUUUAAAGAGGAAAUGACAGAAAGUGAUAAUGAACCACAGUUCCAACUGGGCAAGUCUGUAUCACAAAAUCUCACCUACUUGUUGCAGGAAGAUGAAAAAUACUUUAAGUAUUUCGAUUGUGGUGCCUUGGAACAGAAGCUGUUGCACGUCGAGGGCCGAGCCAUGCCUCUUGAAGACAUCGCGCAACUUCCCAGUCAAGGAAAGAAAAAUGAAGAAACAAAAUCAAAUGAAGUAGCGAUGGUGUGGCCUGUUACUGGUACAAUGCUCAGAUCAGCUAUAUUAUAG